AACAUGCCAACAAGUCUUAGUUUGAAGAGAGUAUGUGCUGAAUUCGUGGAGAGUUCUGAGAUGACCAGAUUUAAGAGAUUCCAAGAUAUUCAACUUGUUGACAUCGGUUACUCUUGGAGUAUUACUGUUAGAAUUGAAGCAAAGUUCCCUUUCUAUCGAGACUCUCAGCGCUUCAUCCUCAUGGAUACUAUGGGUUGUAAAUUAGUGGGGAUCAUGAGUGGCCCUGAGACUGAGAGGUUCAACAGGUUAUUACAACAAGGACGUGACUACACUAUUCAUGAUGUCAGGUUCCAAAUUAAGCCGCACAGUGAGUUUCGAAAUAUUCAAAGCAAUUACGAGUGUAGGUUCGACCAUUUGACUACAGUGGAGCCUUGGAAAAUGCCCAUCCAGUUUCCAGUAUGCUCAAACCAUUUAACAUCCGUUCUUGAUGUGAUGCAUUGCCCUAGCAAGACCUAUAUAGACUUUGUAGGAAUUCUUGUGCACUGGGGGAAAAUUGAACGACCGCAUUCAGGGCUGUGUAGAGAGGUUGUCUUCAUGGAUAAGAGAUGUGAUCUGGUAGUUGUCAUAAUGUCAUGCAAAGUCUUGGCUGCACAUAAAAUAAAGUUGCAAAAUGCUGCCCUUGACAAUACUGUCGUUUUUGCAAGUAUGCUUAGGGUGAACCAUAUACAUAGGUGUUUAGAAACAUCUGAUUAUACGACUUUAGCAUUCAAUCCACCUCACCGUGCAGCGAACGAACUUCAGGGCAUCCGACAAGCGUUUGUUACAAAGGCGGAUACGACAUUCAUCAAUAGAUGUGUAGCAAGGCGGUGGAGCUAUUUGGCAACUGUAGUGUAAUAGUUAGUCGAUGGUAGCUUCACUAUACUUUACAUAACUUGAUGUAUAUAUUUGCAAUCUGUUACUGCAAGCUGCA